UUACACAUUACAUGUCACGUUUAAUGAAGAUUUAACAUAAUGUGCGACAUUAUGUAGCUAUAUCAUGCGUCAGAACCAUGUAAUUAGCGUCGCAGUCUUUUAUAUAUAUAUAAUGCUUCGUGCUAGCAGCUAAGCGCUGUGAUUAGCUACACUUUCAGUAGAAUUAAAUGUCAUAGAGUCCGCUGUAUUUAUCAUCAAACUUCAAACGAGCUAUGUCGAUGAUAUCUCAUGGCUUUAAAAGCAGCAAGCAAGACUUCACAUUUGGGCCAUGGAAAGUCACCUCAGCAAAAACCCAUAUAAUGAAAUCUAAAGAUAUCGAGCGGUUAGCUGAGGAGAUGCACAUGCCGUCUCUCCCAGAGAUGCUUUUUGGAGACAACGUGCUGCGCAUUCAGCACACCGACGGCUUCGGCAUCGAGUUCAAUGCUAUCGAUGCCCUCAAGCGCGUCAACAAUUUACAACACUCGGUACAAGUGGCAUGUGCCCAGGAGUGGCAGGAAAGCAGAGCCGAUUCUGAGCACAAGGACGUAGUAAAGCAUUAUGACUGGACGUAUACAACAGAUUACAAAGGGACGUUGCUUGGUGAAGACCUGCAGAUAAAGGUGUCUGCUACAUCAGAUCGGAUAGACCUGGAGAAACUGAAAGCUCGGGAGCAGAUCAUGUUCUUCGAGGAAGUGUUGUUGUUUGAGGAUGAGCUCCAUGAUCAUGGUGUAUCUAUGAUUAGUGUGAAAAUUAGAGUGAUGCCCACUAGUUUCUUUGCGCUGCUGCGCUUCUUCCUGAGAGUGGAUGGAGUUUUGAUUCGGAUCAACGACACACGGCUCUAUCACGAGGCUGGGAAAAACUACAUGCUGCGGGAGUUCAGCUCACGAGAAAGUAAAGUGUCAGCACUUCAGCAUGUUCCUCCUGCCUUGUACACAGAACCUAAUGAGAUUGUUCAGCAUUUACCACUGACCAUCAUGGAGUGCGAGAAACUCGAAUUCCCAGAGCAACAGCCACCAACCGAGUCUCCACAGUGACCCAUAGAUUACGCGUCAAACCUCAGAGUGCUGAUCUAGGACCAGUCUGUUGCAGCUUUCUGACUACAACUACAGUAUAUGCGCAGUGACCGCUGAACCCAGAUCAGCAUUCAGACAUUGAGACUUUUGAUGCCUGUGAACCCAGAAAUGGAGCUGUAACAAGCUGCAGGUCUGUAUCUUCCUAGAAUGCAAGUCCAUCAGCUCUCUUUAAAAACUUUUAUAAGGAAUCAAACACUUACUGUAUGCCUCAGUCACUGUUACUGGAUCAUUAAAUCUGUUUGCGUUGUAUUCACACACACACAAUGUAACCAAAAUGUCAAAGCUUGAUUACGAUGAUAACAGGGAUUUUUUUUUCUGAAACCAGUAGAAAGAGACACGUAUUGUUGGUUGAUUAUUGGUCUGAGGUGUGUUGAAAUACAAGAAUUGAAAAGUGUUUGUGUAAUGGUCACUCUUCUCUCUUUUUGUGUUUUACAUAAAUAAAUCAGAAAAUAAAGAGGUAAUGUAAAUAAUAGAAACAAAAUCCUUGAUUUUUUUUAAUCAGUCUGUAUGUUGUUAUGGUUGUAAUUGUCAAAUUAUAAAUAAGAGUUCUGAAAAAGAAAUGAUUCAGUCGGUGGGGCUAGAUAAGAGCUCAGCUUAUAUCAUCACCAUAUAAAUUCAAAGCUGUUGAUGUCAAAUGUGCAAUUACAGAGUACACAGAUUCACACCUGCGUGCUGAGCAAACUAGAUGUACAACACAGCCAGUAAUGAUAACAUACAAGAUCACAUUCAUUAAGGCUUCUAGUGUGGAACGACCAAAAACCUGCAGCUCAUCUGUUUUAUUCAAUGUUGACAUCAGGGAAGUUUACAUGCACAGUUUCUUAUUGAUCACAACUCAUAAUAUCUUUUUCUUCGAAUAUUUUGGAUGUUUCGCAUAAAUUUGUUCAAAUUUUCUAUGUACAUAUACAGAACAGUUCUAUCAUUUAUAUUAAGAUAAAUUAGACAAUGUAUUAAUGUAAAGGCUUUACACUAUUGUUUUUUUUGUUUGUUUGUUUGUUUUAUUUUUUUAAAAAACAAUUUACUGACAAUUUUGAAAAACAACACAAAAAGGAGUAAUAACGCAUGCACUGUAAGAAAGAGUAAUAUGGACAGUUUUGCAGCUAAUGAAAAGCAGACAAAUGGUAUAUUCUUGCGAAGGACAUUUCAUAAUUUGUGCUCCAUUAAUAGGAAGUCAAUUCACUUUGUCUUUUCAAUAGGAAGUCAAUUCACUUAUAUGUAUGUAUGUAUGUAUGUAUGUGUGUGUAUAUAUAUAUAUAUAUAUAUAUAUAUAUAUAUAUAUAUAUAUAUAUAUAUAUAUAUAUAUAUAUAUAAUGUAUAUAUAUAUAAUGUAUAUGUAUGUGUGUAUAUGUAUGAAAGGAAAUUUCCGGGAGGGGGAUAUCUAAAAUGAGUGAUUUGUUAAUAUGUAUGUGGAUUUGCUCUGUACUAUUAUUUUAUUGUUUCUCUUUUUUCCCCACUUUAUUGCCAUUUCUAUUUGUUAAACAUGUCAGUGAUUUGGCAGUACUGUAAUUGCUGUAACGGUCAUGUCAAUAAAACUGAAUUGAACUGAAUUGAACAGUA